GAUUGCCCUCACAUGGGGCUGUGAAUGCGGUUCUACAAGGGAAAAGCCAAGAUCUACGCCUCCCCGGAGAGAAGAUCGCACGCGUUGACGGAUCAGCAGCAAGCGGGAGAUAGCAUGACCUCACUGAUGGUUUCCGUCGACGAUCUUGCGUUCGGAUGGGCGAUGAACAACAAAGCUGCUAUGAUCCUCUGAACUGGCGGCGUUGCUGAUAGUGGCUCACCAUGACGACCUCACCUGCUGCCGGCAGACAGUGCCAGACACAUCAUCACUCCCAUUGGCGGGUGAUCCGAACGGGUAAGAAGCUGCAGAAUGAGCCAUCGAUUCAUCUCUCUCCUGCGUGGCUUUUUCUCCCAGCCUGUCAGCCUCCGCCCGCCUCACUGCUAAGGGCGAUGGACUCCACCGGCUGAUGUGGGAUUGUCACAGGUAAGGAGAUCACAUCUUGCAUUCUCACCAUCAAUGUGCCGCUGUGAGUGGGGGCAGACAUCGCCCGGGUGUCCACGGCCACCCAACAUCGGCCGCCGUGGUCGCCAGCUGGUGCUGGCCGAGUACAAGACGGUGGUCAACAGGCCCUUGCGCCGCCCCAUGCUCCUCGUCCGUCGCGCCCCAUCAUGAUGGCGCCCGUCCCCACCCAUCGCCCUCCAACCUCUCAUUUGGCCCCCAAAAAGCACAGGCCAUGGUCUGGAAGAUUGGGGCGCUCCUGCACGAGCCCUCCGCUGCCAUGGCGGCCAUCGAUGAGUACUUGACGGGCGACUCGGUGCUGGGGCGCCGUGUGCGGGCGGCCGGGCUGCAUUUCGUGAAGCAGGCGGCCACACGGACGAGCAGCAACCGGGAGGUGGUCGGGGGGACGCGGUAUGUGCAGCACGAGGGAGGGGCGGACAGCACCAAGGUGACCGUACCGCCCUUGCAGUGCUUCGCCGUCAAUGGGGGGCAGCGGGGGGGCGGCAAGCAUCGGCGGCUGGGUGUGCGUGAGGUGGCGGGUGCACAAGGCCCGCUGGACGAGGCGGCCCGGCACGGCGUGGAGGGGGUGGUCAAGGGCUUCAAGGGCGAUAGCUCGACUGCCAGAUCCAGCAGCGGCAGCAGCUGGGGUACAUCAACAACCUUGACCUGUUCGUGCCGCUGGGCAUCAGCUGACUGACGUCUGGCCAGCCAUGGUGGAGCGGAGGAGAAGGUGGAGAGAAACAGCGAGAGGCUUUGGCAUAUAUCAUCAUCUGAGAAGAUGAAAGACAGUGGGGUGUGUGUGAGGGGGAGUCGUGGCUACCGUGUACUGGACUGGCACCGCCCCGUGUUGUCAUUUCAAACAAGGAAUUUCUGGCGAGUGUCUGUGUGAUUCGUGUGUGCAUGUUUCAGUAAUAGACUUGUGUCGGAACCGUAGUGGUUGACGCGGACUUGCCGGUCGAGUGAAUCGAAUUGUUGCGUU